AUGCAGCAGGGGGGAUCCCAGUAUGGGGUUCCUCCGCCGGAAGCCACCUCCUUCCCCGGCUCCGAUGAGCUCCCGCCGCCGCUGGCGGAGGUGGCGUCUCCGAUCAGCAGCCUCCCUCCGUCACGGACGCCCGGCAACUUCGACGAAUUGGCCGCCCCCGCGGCGGCCGGCGGCUUCCCCGGCGACGACGACCUCGCGGCGGCGGCCGGAGACGACGCCGAGCGGGGCGGCGGCGGCGGCGGCAACCGGUGGCCCCGGCAGGAGACGCUCGCCCUGCUGAAGAUCCGCUCGGAGAUGGACGCCGCCUUCCGAGACGCCACCCUCAAGGCCCCCCUCUGGGAGGAGGUCUCCAGGUAAGCCAUCCCCGCCGCCAUUCGAGGAAUUGCCAAUGCACCCCUUCUCUCUCUCUACCUCCUGAAUUCCCCUCUCUCUCUCUCUCUCUUUCUCUCCCUCUCUCUCUCUUCUGUGGAUCUGCGGUGAAGAAGCGACAUCAAUCAGCUCUUCUGUGGAUCUGCGGGAGUUCUCCAGUGACAGAAACAGUAGAGAGAGAAAGAGAGAAGGAGGAGGGCGAGGUUUCGAGCGGAUAACGGUUUCCGGCGGGUCGAGGAGAGCGAGAAAAAAGAUUGAAUUGUGAGGAAAAUCUGACGGGAAGAACUUGCAGAAGAGAGAGGAGAGAGAGAGAGAGAUGGUGGCCAAGCAGCUCCGUUUUCGUACCACGGAUUUCGAAGGAACUACUGUUGAUGAUGGUGCGUCUCUUCCUGUGAUCAGUCAGUCGUCUGGGAAGCAUCUUCAUCGUUUCCGGGGAAGACCCAACGGGGAAAAGCUUCUCGUGUGUGUCUCUCUUCAUCGAUCCGUCUGUUUCUCUCUCUUCAGUAGCAGAAUUUCCCCUUCCUCGGUGGUUCUUCAGGCCAAUUAUACCCUGUCGGCUUCCCCCCGUCCGAGAAUUUUGUCGUCCGCCUCCUUCAGAUCCCUUCGCGCAUUCUCUCUCUCUCUCUCUUUCUCUCUCUCUCUCUCUCUCAGAUUAUUUAGAUGGGAGAGAACUGGUGGCGCUUCUCAGCGAUCCCCGCCGUGCCAUCUCUCUCUCUGCACAGUGAAGCUCGGCCUACAACCCGCAGGCUCUCUCGUUCUGGAUUUACUUGUUACAGGGAUCGGCGAGCUGAGCACAGCGGGGAUGAGUGAGAGGCUGCGCGCUGCUGCUGCUGCUGCUCUCUCUCUCUCUCUCUAGAUUAUCAUUAUUAACAGGGGCGGCGAUGUGAUUUGCAGGAAGCUGGCGGAAUUAGGGUACAAUCGGAGCGCGAAGAAGUGCAAGGAGAAGUUCGAGAAUGUCCACAAAUACUACAAACGCACCAAGGAAGGCCGAGCCGGCCGGCAGGACGGCAAGAACUACCGCUUCUUCUCCCAGCUCGAAGCCCUCACCUCCCCCGCUCCCCCCCAGGCGGCGGCGCCGCCUCUUCCGGCGGCACUGCCACCCCCCUCGGCGGGGAAGCUCCACCCUGCUCCGCUCAACUCCAUCCCCCUGCCCUCGUCCGCCGCCGCCGCGCUGAGCUUCUCCGACACCUCCACCUCCUCCGAUUCCGACGAGUCCGAGAGAAGAAACCGCGGCGGCGGCGGCGGCGGCGGGAGGAGGAAGAUGAUGGCCUUCUUCGAGGGGCUGAUGCGGCAGGUGGUGGAGAGACAGGAGGCCAUGCAGCAGAGAUUCUUGGAGACGAUCGAGAAGAGGGACCAGGAGAGGACGAUGAGGGAGGAAGCAUGGCGGCGCCAGGAGAUGGCCCGCCUCGCCCGCGACCACGAUGCCGCGGCCCACGACCGCGCCGUCUCCGCCGCCCGCGACGCCGCCAUCAUCUCCUUCCUGCAGAAGAUCACCGGCCAACCGCCGCCCCUCCGCGCCGCCGCCCCUCCUCCACCUCCUCCUCCACCACCGCCGGAGAUGGCGGCGCCGCCGGCGGAGGGAGUCGUCCCCUCCGGCACCGGCGACUCCGCGGCGACUUCCCGGUGGCCCAAAUCGGAGGUGCAGGCGCUGAUCAACCUGCGCGGGGAGCUGGAGACCAAGUACCAGGAGGUGGGUCCCAAGGGCCCUCUGUGGGAGGAGAUAUCGGCGGCGAUGCGGCGGUUGGGGUACCACCGGAGCGCCAAGCGCUGCAAGGAGAAGUGGGAGAACAUCAACAAGUACUUCAAGAAGGUCAAGGAGAGCAAUAAGCGCCGCCCCGAGGACUCCAAGACCUGCCCCUACUUCCACCAGCUCGACGCCCUCUACCGCAAGAAGCUCCUCCUCACCGGUGGCGGCGCCGCCGCCGCCGCCGCCGCCACCGCCACAACCACUACCUCACCGCCGCAGGCGGAGGCAGAGAGCACCACCGACAACGGCGGCGCCGCCGCGCAGAAGGUGAGUCACCGGCUCUACCCUCCUCCUCCUCCCCCCGCCGCCGGUUCUGAUCAUCGUCCUCGCGUGGGUGAAGCCAGGAGACACUGUGAUGGAGAUGCCGGGGAGGCAGGAGCAGCAGCAGCAACAGCAGCAGGAGGAGGCAGAGAAAGUCAACUCCGAGGAGAUGAUGAGUGACGAGGGGGAGGAGGAGGAAGAGGAGCAAUACAAGAUCCAGUUCCAGCAGAGCUCGAGGGUCAACGGCACGCCCAACGGCGGCGCCGCGGCGGUGGCGGCGGGGCCAUUUAUGGCCAUGAUUCAGUAA